AUGCACUCAAAGCUCGGACUCGCAGGACUCUUGGCCACUGCGUCUGUGUGCUUGGCUGCUCCAAGGGAGCAGAAUAUCACCAGCGACACUUACUUUUAUGGACAGUCGCCUCCCGUGUAUCCAUCGCCUGAGGGAAGUGGAACGGGCUCCUGGGCUGCCGCUUAUGCAAAGGCAAAGAGCUUCGUUGCCCAGCUCAGCCCAGAGGAAAAAGUCAAUCUUACUGCGGGAACUGACGCCGAUAAUGGCUGUUCUGGCAAUAUAGCGGCUAUUCCGCGACUCAACUUUCCAGGAUUGUGUGUAUCUGACGCCGGCAAUGGUCUUAGGGGGACCGACUAUGUGAGCAGCUGGCCUAGCGGACUACAUGUUGGUGCCAGCUGGAACAAAGCUCUAGCGAAGCAAAGGGCAAUACAUAUGGCCUCAGAGUUCCGUAAAAAAGGUGUCAAUGUCAUACUUGGACCCGUCGUCGGUCCCCUGGGUCGUGUGGCUGAAGGAGGACGCAACUGGGAAGGCUUCUCGAAUGAUCCGUACCUGAGCGGUGCCCUGGUCUACGAGACCGUCGAUGGAGCACAGUCAGUUGGUGUUGCGACUUGCACCAAGCAUUACAUCUUGAAUGAACAGGAGACAAAUCGUAACCCGGAAACCGACGAUGGCGUUAAUAUCGCAGCAGUCUCUUCCAACAUUGAUGACAAGACCAUGCACGAGCUAUACCUCUGGCCCUUCCAAGAUGCCGUCUUGGCUGGCAGUGCUUCCAUCAUGUGCUCAUACAAUCGUGUCAACAACUCCUACGGCUGUCAAAACAGCAAGACUCUAAAUGGUCUCUUGAAGACCGAACUCGGAUUCCAAGGAUAUGUGAUGACCGACUGGGGCGCCCAACAUGCCGGAAUCGCCGGUGCCAACGCUGGACUGGACAUGGUGAUGCCUAGCACCGAGACAUGGGGAGCGAAUCUCACCACGGCUAUUUCCAAUGGGACAGUGGUCGCUUCGAGACUGGACGACAUGGCCAUAAGGAUCAUCGCUUCGUGGUACCAAAUGAACCAGGAUUCUGAUUUCCCAUCUCCUGGCGUCGGUAUGCCGGCUGACAUAUAUGCGCCUCAUCAGCGGAUAAUAGGAAGAGAAGCGUCUUUCAAGCAGAUAUUACUUCAAGGCGCCAUCGAGGGCCAUGUUCUCGUCAAAAACACCAACAGCGCCUUGCCACUAAAGUCACCUCAGCUGCUCUCCGUGUUCGGAUACGAUGCCAAAGGACCGGACACACUCAGCGCAAACUUCAACUGGUUGACAUACAGCCCUGCCAUUCAGGAAAACCACACCCUGUGGGUUGGAGGCGGCUCUGGGGCAAAUAACGCUGCGUAUGUCGACGCUCCUAUCGAUGCCAUCCAGCGCCAGGCCUACGAGGACGGCACUUCCGUUUUGUACGAUCUUUCAUCAGAGGAUCCUGACGUUGACCCUACCUCUGAUGCAUGUCUGGUCUUCAUCAACAGCUACGCCACAGAGGGCUAUGACCGUCCUGGACUCACUGACAAUUCGAGCGAUGUCCUGGUGAAGAACGUUGCUGGAAAAUGCGCCAACACGAUUGUCACCAUCCACAACGCCGGAAUCCGACUGGUGGGCGACUGGAUCGAUCAUGAGAAUGUGACUGCUGUCAUCUUCGCUCAUCUACCAGGCCAAGACAGUGGGAGGGCAUUGGUAGAGUUGCUCUACGGCCGGGCCAAUCCGUCCGGGAAACUGCCGUACACGGUGGCUAAGAAAGCCGAAGACUACGGUACUCCGUUGCAUCCAUCCCUGCCAGAGACCCCAUAUGGACUGUUCCCGCAGUCGGACUUUGACGAAGGGGUGUACAUUGACUACCGCGCCUUUGACAAGGCCAACAUCACCCCAGAGUUCGAGUUCGGCUUCGGACUGUCGUACACGAGCUUUGAGUAUUCGGGCCUGCAGGUAAGCAGUCCUAAGAGAUCUUCCCAAUAUCCUCCACCAGCCACUAUCCAGCAAGGUGGAAACCCCCAUCUCUGGGAUGAAAUCGUCACCGUGUCUGCGGCGGUCAAGAACAGUGGAGGUGUCGCCGGUGCGGAGGUGGCACAGCUCUACGUCGGCAUCCCCAAUGGUCCCGUACGGCAAUUGCGUGGAUUUGAGAAGGUCAGUGUCUCAGCAGGAGAGACUGCACAGGUGCAAUUCGCAUUGAAUCGACGGGAUCUGAGUACAUGGGAUGUCAAGGCGCAACAGUGGUCGUUGCAGCGGGGAACGUAUCAGGUGUAUGUUGGACGGUCGAGUCGGGAUCUCCCUUUGACGGGGUCAUUUACUCUGUAA